AUUAGAAACUGAGGGUUUUUCCGAGGCAGAUGUUGAGGCCAUUUUUUAUAGCAACUAUUGCGGACAUAAGUUAAUGUUUUCCGAAGGUUUUGUUUUCCUCUGCAAGUUAUCUCAGGUGUACCUGUUAAAGUCUUCCGGAAUGUGAAUGUGCCAAGUAGUUUACAACAAAUCCCAGAGUACAACUCUUCUUUGUAUUAUAAAAGUAAGAUACAAAAGUACAGUUUAUCUUCGGUGUGGAAUUAACACAACAGGGUGUUGUUAUAAUCUCGGUGCCACUUGCUUGUUUAAGCAAACGUUCUCUGACAUAUUAACUUUAAUUCCGCCCGGACGAUCUAUCAGACGCAACAGCUUCCGGUUUGAAGUAAAAACACAACUUUGACAUUGGUCUCAUACUCGCGUUAAAUAUGGCUUCUCUGUCCUUAAAUACGUUAAAACAAAUCAUGAGAGCAAUGGUAGACAAUCCAGGCUUUGACAGAGUCCUGAGCAAGGUGGACGUUUUGUCUGCAAGCCCAGGUAAGGUGGUGUGUGGUUUGCGGGUAGAGGAAGAGCACACCAACCGAGGAGGGACGCUGCACGGCGGACUGACAGCCACCCUGGUGGAUGUUAUCUCCACCAUGGCCAUCAUGUACAGUGAGAGGGGAUCACCAGGAGUCAGUGUGGAUAUGAACAUAACAUACAUGAAUGCUGCCAAGAUAGGAGAGGACGUACUCAUCACUGCUCAGGUUCUAAAGCAAGGACGGACCCUGGCGUUCGCCACAGUAGACCUCACCAGCAAAGCCUCCGGGAAGGUCAUCGCGCAAGGCCGACACACUAAACACCUUGGCGGCAGCUGAACUCGCUCCAAUGUGCCUGUCUGUAAAUCACGUAUCAUGUAACUGUAUGGUUAAAACAAGUUGACAAGAUGUUAACUAACCUCUGACUGUGAAAACAAUGUUGUCAACAAAUCCUUCUCAGCUGUUAACUUAAUUCAUGUUGUGACACAUAUUUCGUCAACAGUACUGUAUGGUCAGAUUCACUCCUAAUGGAAACACUGUAUCAAUGUUUCAUGCACAUGCAAUAAAAGAAAUAGACAAGAGUUAUGCUUUCAGAAUUUGCAUUGUAUUGGGAUAUGCUCAGCAGUAUUGAUUUGAGAAUCAACAGAAAAAACCCAGAAGUUACACGCCUUAUACCCUUUCAACUGAACACACUGAAUCAACAAGGAGCAAAAUUAUAUGUACUAUGAACCUCAUAUUCUUUAACAAGCAAGCCAGCAAAAUCUAAUUUUAAUUUAAUGAGCAUUGUAGCUAAUUAUAUUCAUUUUAGUAGGUCAAAUUAAACAAAUAAAUCUUUUAGCUUCCAGCAACUUUUGUUAGGCAAGUUAAACAUUAACUAUGUCACAAUUUCAGUUCGUCACCAACCCACAUCCC